UUGCCGCCAAAAUUAAUGUUAAAAGCCCGCGAAAUGUGUCAGCAACAGUACUUAUUGUUUCGUCUAUCAAACUGUGUGCAUCAAUACGCAAUUAAAUAAUGGCUGUUGACCAAAUCAGAAGACAUGCCUAUACCUAUAGGAUAUUCGGCAACAAUUCACAAUUUCACAUAAGGCGUUUAAAUGAUCAAGACCAUAAGCAAGCUCUGGACCUGAUACUAAGUGAGAUUCUUAGAAAUCCCGAGUUUUACGGAUUAGGAUCCGGAUCAAAUAUCUUGAUUUCCGAUGUAAACGCGUUGAUGGCUUUCAUGGAGAUGCUUUUGAAGAAAAAUCAGGAUUAUAUAUUAGGCUGUUACGCGGGCCGGGCCAACUGUUUGGUUGGUGUUGACUUGACGUACAUACAUUUUUAUGACGAUGGUCCGAUGGAAAUGAGUGGGGGCAGCGUCGCUGUUCAAAAUUACUUGAAGUACGUAAAGUUCGUUCAAAGGAAUCUGUGGCAUGGCCGUCGAGGUGCUAAGCACAUCAGCAUCCUCAUUUCUCUCGGCAUCUUCCUAAAACAAGAGACAAGAUACAAUAAUAUUGAUUCUAUAAGAAAUAUGUUAAUGGCGCGAAAGAGUUACGCAAGAGCGAGAGGAAUAAAAUUCAUCGGUCAAGCCUUUUCGGGUAAAAAAAUUCAGAAGAUGGCGAAGAAAUUGAAGUACAGAGACUUGAGACCUAGUAAGGUGGAAAUCACGACGCAAAACGCGGAAAACUACGAUCUAGGACAUCUCCGUGGCACAGACAUGCUGCCUAUAAAACUAUUGGGCGUUACUUUAAUGACAAGUGAUGAGAAUGAAAGGCCAAUCUCUGAUGAAGAACUGCUUCCCGAACCAGAACCGUCUACAAGUUAUUCGAAUAUAAGGGAUCUCUUUAGUAAGUCCCAUUUUCACUAAAAGGGAAUGCCCAAAAAAACCGAGUCGAUUAAAAUCAUUCAUGAACCAUUUCAUAUACCUAAC